AUGAACUCGGUCGCUCAUGAUUGUGCUUUGGGAUUGUUAUUAGGAACCGCCGUUGGUGAUGCGUUCGGUAUUCCCUAUGAAUGUAAAUCCUAUCACGAAAUUAAAAAGAUGAGAGAAAAUUCGCAAAAUAAUUCCGAUGAUGAUGCAACUGUUAAUCCCUUUAUUAAGUGUACGGAUCAUCCUUUCAUUCCAGAAAAUUUCAAACCUGGAGAAUUUACAGAUGAUACACAAUUAACUCUUGCCAUGGCAAGAGCUUUAUAUAGAUUCACCAGUGAAAUGAAAAAUUCCAAUUAUGAAACAACCGAUCUUUCAAAACAAGACAUUUUCUUGCGAACAUUCAUGCCACUUGUGGUAGAAGAGCACGUUCUAGAAUUUAAAAAGUCCAUUGUUGGAUGGGGAGGAACAAGGAACGCGAUUCAAAGAUUAUCCGAAGGAACACAUGAUUUCAAAACAAGCGGUAACGUAGGAGCUAAGGGAAAUGGUGUGUUGAUGAAAUUAGCACCGUUGUACUUUUAUUAUUUUCAUCGUGUGUUACAGUUGACACCUGGUAUGAAUUCGGAGGAUGGAAUUCGUAUUAUUGAAAAAGCUUCAGAAGAAUGGAUGGAUCAACAAUUGCACACAAUUACUAUAAUGACGCACAACACAGAGUCUUGCAUGAUCACUACUUGCAUUCUUGUUCGUUUUGGAUUACUGGUACAAUUAUUUGGAGAUCAAUUCGUUCAUCACAAAAUGGAAAUUAUCAACAACUUGAUUGGUUAUUGCAAAGAAUUAGAAAAGAAAGUACUAUCCAACAAUGAAGAACAUGAAAUUUCUUGCCGUUUACAACUUUUGAAAGAAAAUUUAGAACAUUUGCAAGACGACACCACAUUGAUUCAAGUGAGCAAUGAAGGAACUUAUGAAAGUGUCAACAGUUUGAUCAUGGUGAUUGGAGUUAUUCUUUCGUUGAAUGUAAGCGAAUCGAAACCAUUCAAACUUGUAUUAAGGGCAGGAACCAUUGGAGGAGAUUGCGACAGCAAUGCAGCAAUGGUUGGCGCCUUGAUUGGAACAGUGUUCGGUAAAUCCGUACUUCCUCAUUCAUUUAUCACACACUUGAUCGAUCGUGACAAGCUAAUGGAGGAAGCAGCACAAUUUGCUGAAGCAUUGGAAAAGACCAGGUAA